CCAAAUUGCGUGACUUGAGGUUCAGUUGGCGAAUGCGCCAGGCCUUUGGUUCGGCGACAGGGCAAAUGCUGGUCUGACCAAGACUCCAUCAUCACACCAUUCUCACUAUCCUUCCAACGCAAUCAUCCGCCGACCAGGAGCAUUCCACCCAUCGCACGCAAGUCACGACCAACUGCCGGAAGCACUGACUCAGCGCGACGUUGCACCACCUCCGCCAGCGAAGACGAUAGAACUAGCCACCGAGCAGACGCCCACAGCACAGGGUUCGGGUUCAGACUCAGACUCUUAGACCUCCUCUCGCACGCCAGUCUGCGCCCCGACCAUCUUGCUGUUGCACUGUGCGAGGGAGCCAAGUGAUGUGGCCAGAGUAGCGGAGACAUGGGCAGUGAAGCACGCCAUUCGCUCUCUGCGUUCGACCCACCGAGAAUAAUGUCUCAGACUGCAUCUCCGAUCACGAAUGGCUAUGGCGAGCGCAAAGGGGGGAGUGGAAGGGAGGAGAAAGCGACGCAGCAGCCAAGUCCAACUCCUGGUGCUGACGACCAUGUGAACAACAGCCUGCUCAGUUCUGCUCUGACCGGAGCUGUGUCAGUCCCCUUCCACCACCACCACCACCAACACGAAAGCCACUUGAGGAGGGAGCGCGAGACGGACGACCAGAACAUCUCCAUCCAGACCAGCACAAAGGCCGCCGAGAUGUCGGUCGCGCCCUUUCUCUCCGAGCACAUUCCCACCCAAUACAACCCUAUCGGCCAACCGCGCCCGCACUCUUUGCUCGCCCAAAACGAAGAGGAGGAGAAGUUGAGCACCAAGUUCUGCUACCGGCAUCGCCCCGACCUCAAGUGUCGCCGCCAAGCCAACGAGCCGUCCAUGGAGCAGCUGCAGGACGAGUUGUCGGGCCUCUCACAAUCUGAUCAGCAAGCCAUCUCCCACGUCUGGUCCCUCUUCUCCGCCGCUCCCGCCAAGCACCGCAACCUCAUGCUGCAGGGUAUCCUCACCCAAUGCUGCUUCCCGCAGCUCUCCUUCAUCUCUGCCAAUGUCCGCGACCUGAUCAAGAUCGACUUCCUCUCAGCACUUCCUCCUGAGCUCGGCUUCAAGAUUCUAUGCUACCUCGACACUACAUCGCUAUGUAAAGCAGCGCAAGUCAGUCAACGAUGGAGGACUUUGGCGGACGACGACGUGGUCUGGCAUAAGAUGUGUGAGCAGCACAUUGAUCGAAAAUGCACCAAGUGUGGCUGGGGCUUGCCAUUACUCGAGCGAAAGAGGUUGCGCAUCGAGAAGAGACAGAUCCAGCUGCGAGCGACAGGAAGAGGUUUGAAUCAAUGGUCACCAGAUAUCACACCAAUCCCGGAAGGAGCAGCAAUGCCGCCGCCGCCGCCAGCCGAAGAAAACGAGGCUGGCAGCAGUCGUGGAACGAAAAGAUCAUUCCAAACGACACCAGUAUCGCCCGAGGUCAGCAAGCGCCACUGCUCUACCUCGUCUCAAGACAUCUCCGAAAGCUAUUUUGCUGCACGAUCGAACAAGCGGCCAUGGAAGGACGUCUACAAGGACAGAUUCAAGGUUGGAACCGCUUGGAAAUAUGGAAGAUGUAGCACGAAAGUCUUCAAAGGCCACACCAAUGGCGUCAUGUGCUUGCAGUUCGAUGAUAAUGUCUUGAUUACAGGUUCAUAUGACACAACGGUGAAGGUCUGGGAUAUCAAUACGGGCGAAGAGCUUCGGACAUUAUACGGUCACACCAGUGGGAUUAGGGCGCUGCAAUUUGACGACAAGAAACUCAUGACCGGGAGCCUUGACUCUACGAUGAGGAUGUGGAAUUGGAAGACAGGAGAAUUGUUGAGAACAUUUCCAGCACACCAGGACGGCAUCAUCACUCUUCAUUUCACCGAAGGCUAUGUCGCCACUGGAUCCCGCGAUCGCACAGUUCGCGUGUGGAACAACACCUCCAAAGCAACAUUUGUGCUACGAGGACACACCGAUUGGGUCAAUUGUGUCAAGAUUGAUCAACCUUCGAGGACUCUAUUCUCAGCAUCCGACGACUUGACCAUCCGCCUUUGGGAUCUCGACACCCGCGAAUGCAUAAGAGUUUUUGCGGGCCACGUUGGCCAAGUUCAACAAGUUGUGCCGAUGCCCAUCGAAUUCGAGCUGGAUGACCACGCACUUACGCCUGGUGACCAAGACGACGAUGCUAGUAGUGUUAGUUCCGUCACCAUCGCUCCUUCCCACCAGGAAAUCCGGGGGUCUACUUCUGACGCAGUAGAGCCUUUCUGGCCACAAGACGCCGACCGCCCAGCACCCCCACGAUACAUGUUGACAGGUGCGCUGGACUCCACUAUUCGCUUGUGGGAUACACAUUUCCGACCGGCCAAGACUCGCGAGCCAACUCCACAACCUGAAUCGAACUCCGAAAUUGACAUGCUGCCGAUCGAUCCCUUGAUCAACUCGCACACGCCAAGAUCUCAAGCCUGUGUCCGUACAUUUUUUGGGCACGUUGAGGGGAUCUGGGCACUGUCGGCUGACCACUUACGUCUGAUCUCUGGAAGCGAGGAUCGCAUGCUGAAGAUAUGGGACCCCCGCACGGGGAAAUGCGAGAGAACUUUUACUGGUCAUCAAGGUCCUGUCACAUGCGCAGGACUGUCUGACAGCAGAGUCGCCAGUGGCAGCGAAGACUGCGAAGUGAGGAUGCUCUGCUUCGGCGAAGUGAGCUGA